AUGAGCGACCGCGUCGCAAAGCGGCCCAGGGUUGGGCCCUCCGAAGCCGAGGAGGAGGCGAUGAUGAAAGCCCUUUUGGAAGGCCUGACGCCAAGUGACUUUGAUAUCACGCCCAAUUGCUCUCAGGCCACGCCGCCGAAGGCGACGUCGCAACGCUCAACCAGCGCGAGCAGACCUCUCCGGACACCACAAACGACUUCCACAUCUUCCCCAUCGUCCUCUCGCCGAAACCCUCCAACGGCCUCUCGUGCAUCCGCACCCCGUCAUGUCAGCGUGAAAAUGUCGCCGAAACGACCCGCAUCUCCUCGCAAGUCUACGUCAACCAGCACGGACCACAUGUCGCUGCUGGGGUUGAAUCAGAAAGCAAAAGUCACCGCAAGCGGCGACGUACGAGUGAAGAGCGGAAAAAUCUUGUCGCCCAAACGGAGGACUGCGCUGCUGCCGAGCCUGCCUGUAAAGAAGGAGGCCAAGCCUCUCUCGUCCAGCUUGACGCACAUCUUCAACGAGUCGGCGAGUCUCGCUGGGCCCAGCAUCGAACUCGCACCGCUGAAGACGCCGACACGGGAUGGAUCGAUCACACCACCGCCGAAGCCGAUACCGUCUACGCCCAUUAUUGAAGAUGCGUGCCUGCCUCCUCCCAGCCAAGAGUCCAUGUACGAUGAUGAUUGGGACUUGGACGCCCUGGCAAACAUGGAUGAGGCGGAACUCAUCAAACCGGUGAUCAAGUACCCCCUUCCUCACCCUCCUGUGCCUAGCCCACCGCCAGGAUACGCGCCGACUCCAUGGGUUAGGUGCACUAUCGCAAGCGUUCAUGAAGGAGUCCUCGCUGCGGUUGGCGGGGAGGUGCUGCCGAGCUCCUUCCACGUCCAGUCACUCGUCGUGAACACUGCGGGUGGGGAGCAGCGUGUCCUCCAGCUCAAGGAUCAGUGGUCCCAUUUGAAUGUUCGCGAAGGUGACAUUGUAAAUAUCAUCUCCCCCCAGCUAAAAGAAGAUGGUCCGAUAGUCCUCAACCUGAAGGCCAAAUCAACCUACCUCAUCCACCACCCGGACGUGCUUGUGACUAUGACGGCCAUGGCAGGCUCCCAGCCAUGCCCGAGGCGGCCAUUGCUGCAAUCUUUGAUGAGGCUGCCGGAGCCGCCGUCCAAAGCCAUGACCUACGGCAACAUUCUGCACGCGCUGCUGCAAAGUUCCUUGACGCAACAGAACUUCGACCCCGACUUCACCAAGCAGAGCAUAGCGGCUGAGCUCGGUGAUGAAGGUCGGCGCCUGGAGAUUUGGGGCUCCGGGUUGAGUGACAAGGACAUCGAGGAUGAUCUCGGGCCGAUGGCGGUUGACGCCUUCUCGUCCUUCGGCCGAAAGUGGGUUGGACCUGACGUGUCGGACGACGGCCCGCUCAUCACAUCCCGCGAAGAGGUCUGUGGUGCGGCGACUAUAACCGGCCUCCAUGACAUCGAAGAGGACAUCUGGUCCCCCAAAUGGGGCUUGAAAGGGAAAAUCGACGCCAGCGUGCAGAUCCGACUUCGACGCGAGGGUUCCUCCGAGAUUCAGGAUCUUAUCGCCCCGCUAGAAAUCAAGACUGGCAGGUCCAUCAGCGGGCUCUCCCACCGUGCCCAGACUCUUCUGUACACUUUGUUGAUGGAGGAUCGCUACGGCCUUCCUAUCCCAUCUGGAUUGCUCUACUACUCCCAGCUCAACUCUGUGGUCCUCAUCGACGCCAAGGACGUAGAAGUUCGGUCUCUUAUCAUGGCGAGGAACGAAUUGGCCGAAUGGAUGGUUCGCGAGCGCCAGAGCCCAAAGGCUGAGGGCGAUGCCGCUCUCGCUGCCGAGAUCGAGGACGUCUUCCUCCCCGAGCCCAUCGAUAACCCGAGGGAGUGCAUGAAAUGCUUCGCGUCCGAUGCGUGCCUGCUUUACCGCAAGGUGAGUCGCCGCUCCGCUUUACUGGCUGACAGUGUACAGUCUGGCAAUCUGCCACCACCAAAGGACAACGACCUCGCAGAGAAGUUUGUUGAGAAUGUUGGCCACCUGACGCCCACCCACGUCGAGUUCUUCCGGCACUGGGAGCGCCUCGUCACGCUUGAGGAGCAGGACACGGUCCGUCUGCGAGCUCAACUCUGGACCAUGACUGCCGGCCGCCGCGAGAAGGCUGGCCGGUGCUUCGCUGACAUGGUCAUUGUUAAGGAGGAGGAGUCGGGGCAGUCCGGAAAUGGGACCACGGGCAAGCGCAAGAUCGAUGGAUUCACGUACACGUUCGCACGUCAAGGUGAUGGCCCCGCUCCGUCGCUGCUAUCUGGCCACAUAGCUGUGGGAGACCCCGUAUCGCUGUCCAUCGAGCCGGAUCUUCUCUGCCUCGCUCGAGGAUACGUCACUGCCCUGUCACCGUCAUCUGUCCAGGUGUCAAUGGGCACUAAGCUCGACAUGGCCGUCCUGCUCGCGCGUACGAAGCACGAGGGCACACCCGUCUUCCGCAUCGACAAGGACGAGCUUGCCUCGGGUAUGGCGAACAUGCGCGGCAAUCUCGCCCAGCUAUUUCUGAAGGGCGGGGAUGCGAUCCGGCGCCGCCUCAUUGUCGAUCUGGAUGAGCCCAAGUUUGAUGCGAGCGGUGGACCGGAGGCUGACGAGAUUCCACCUCACCUAAACGAGGACCAGCGUAAAGCGAUGACGCAAGUGCUCUCGACGCUCGACUACAGCCUCAUUCUCGGCAUGCCUGGAACCGGCAAGACGACCACGAUCGCUGAGAUUAUCAAGGCGAUCGUAGCCCGCGGCAAGACCGUCCUGCUCACGAGCUACACGCACAGCGCCGUCGACACGAUCGUGACUAAGCUGCUCGGCAGUGACUUCCAAAUCCUCCGCAUUGGAAAUCCACAGAAGGUGCACCGCGACGUGCAACACUUGACGCUCGAGGCGCAGGGGCCAAGCACCAGCAUCGACAACCUCGAGGCACGCCUCAUGACCCCGCAGGUUGUCGCCACGACGUGUCUCAGUAUCAAUCAUGCUCUAUUCCACCGCCGCAGAUUCGACUACUGCAUCGUCGACGAAGCGAGUCAGAUUACGCUUCCGACAUGCAUCGGGCCACUGCGGUAUGCGGACAAGUUUGUCCUUGUCGGCGACCAUUUCCAGCUGCCUCCAAUCGUACGCAAGGCUGAAGCGCGGGCGGGCGGACUCGACGUAUCGCUGUUCAAGAGGCUCAGUGACGCGCACCCGUCUGCCGUCGUGCCGCUCUCGUCGCAGUACCGCAUGAAUGAGGACAUCAUGCUGCUGUCGAACAAGCUGAUUUACGAGGAUCGCCUGCGCUGCGGUAACGAGGCGAUCGCGAAGCAAGCACUGAGACUUCCGCAUCGCGCGAUCUGCGCUGAUGUAGGAAAGAGCACAUGCGAUGGCGACUGCUGGAUCCAGGGACUGCUCGAGGAGGAAUCCAAGGCUAUAUUUGUGGACACCGACGCGGUGCCCGCAGAGGAGACUCGAGCAGGCGACCUCGUGCAAAACCCAGCCGAGGCCGCGCUGGUUACUCAGCUCGCGCAGGCAUUGGUCGCGUCUGGUAUCCGGCAGCAUGACAUUGCCCUCAUCACGCCGUACAGGCAGCAGAUCAAGCUGAUCUCUCGCCUAAUGGCGGGCGCCGGACUCGGCGACGUCGAGGUGCUCACGGCCGACAAGGCGCAAGGUCGGGACAAGGAUGUCGUGCUCGUAAGCCUAGUCCGCAGCAACGAUACCGGUAGCGUUGGUGAGCUGCUGCGCGAUUGGCGCCGCAUCAAUGUGUCCUUCACCCGUGCCAAGAAGAAGCUCGUCGUCUUCGGUUCCCAGAAGACGCUGAACCAGGACUCGCUACUGCGCAAGUUCUUCGACCUCAUGGCCAAGCGGAAGUGGAUCCGGACGCUUCCCUCGGGUGCGGACACUUUGCACGCGUGGUCGACCGUUGAAGCUGAGUCUGCGCACUCGGACGGCAACACUAGUGAUGCCGAUGCCAAGGGGAAGAAGAAGUCGGCUGUUGUGAGCGCCAAACUGCUCGCAAAGCACCCGUUCACGAGCGAGAUCAUCGAUUCCGUUGUAGAAAGCCUGUAG